GUGCAUCUCCUGCCGUCAAUGGGGACCCGGCAUGUUCUCCCAAACUCCGUCCCACCCCAAAUUUGAAAAACCGUAAGAAAACCAACGGCGUUAGGACAUCUCCCUAUAAAUAGAGCCUGGGGUCUGGGAUUUGCAUAGCCUCGUUCCCACAAGCCCAGUCGCCAGAGUGUGUGACCUCUGGUGGGAAGAGAAAGGGAGUUUGAUCGAAGAAUGGAGAGAGAGAUGGGCAUGGAGACCGUGGCGAAGGAGAAGGGGAAGAAGAGACCGAGCUUUAGGAGGAUCUGCGUCUACUGUGGGAGCAAAGAGGGGAAGAAAGCGAGCUACCGGGAGGCCGCUAUCGAGCUCGGAAAGGAAAUGGCAGAGAGGGGCAUAGACUUGGUGUAUGGAGGAGGGAGCAUCGGAUUGAUGGGCCUGGUUUCGCAUGCAGUCCGUGAUGGAGGGCGCCAUGUCCUAGGAAUUAUUCCAAAGACACUGACACCAAGGGAG